CUGAUGGGGGGCGGCGCCGGCCGCGGCCGAUAGUACGACGGCGGCCGCCCGCGCAGCGUCUCCCACCGGCCGUCAGCCAUGGUGCGCGACAAGAAGCCGCCGGGCAAGACCGACUCGCAGAAAUCAAGCACCAACCUAGUGGGAAAGUUCACGCAGAGCGUCCGCCGCAUAGUACAGGACGUCAAGGACGAGGGGGCUUCCAGCGGGCAGACAAAGGAGGAGGUAAUAGAGACGAACGAGCGGCUGCGCAUGGUGCGGAUACGGUUGGACGAGAACUAUGACACCGCUAAGAAGGCGCUGGUGACGCUCAUGACGCGCUACAACGAGUCCAAGGCGCAGAGGAACCUGUUCACUAGAUACGCGAUGCUGAAAGUCAUGAUCAAGGACGUCAUCCGUCUGGAGACUCAGUACUGGUCGUUGGUGGAGAUCCCUCGUCAGGAGAAGGCGGAGACGGUGCCGGCCUUCGUGCUGCGCGCGUGCGCCAUCAUGGAGAAGACGCAGAAGUCUGGAGAAGGAGUCAAGACCUCGUCUAAGCUGGCCGAGGAGGCCGCUGAUCGGAGGGACAGGAUAGAAAGGCUGAGCGAUAUGACAACAUCCCAAAUAGAAGCCGAGAAUACGCAGAUGACAAACGACUUGUACCGCCUCCUGAAAAAGUACACCGGGUUAAGAAAUCUUAUAAGAGAAUUAAAGUCGGAGUAUGUAAGCACCAAAGUGUAUCCGAUGUUCCCGCGGUACACGAUGCUCAAAGACAUGAUAAAGGACAUCAUGCACGACCCUGACUACAUGGAGGUGUGCCACGAGGUCGACCCAUAGCGCGGGGUUCGCAAAUAAAUGAGGCGCUCUUUCACCGACCGCGCGCGGUCGAGUCGUCGCUAGCAGGCGAGGGUCAAGAUCAGGAGGAAUAUGGGGGUAAAUCCCCCCUAAGUUGUCGGAGGGGCAUCGGCAACAAGUCGUUACAUUUUCGUGACGGGCGGUGCUCUGUGGUGACACUGGUGACAUGCUAGCGGCGGGUAGUGCGGCGAGUACUCGUUUAUUUGCGAUUAUUUGUUAUUGGACUUUGUUUAGUGUAAGCUUAGAUUCGGAUUAGUGUACUCGUCCUUCAAGAGCCUGUGAAGUUUCUUCUUCUUUCCAAAAUUAUCUU